UUGGUCAUUCGCCUAAACCUUGGCUUUUCACACAGAAAAUCCCUCCCGACCUGUGAAAAACCCCAAAACCCUAGUAUCAGUAACUUAAGAAGCAACAAUGGCGGCAAAUGAUAAUUCCAAGAGGAAGAAGCCCAACAUACUCAUCACCGGAACACCCGGCACAGGAAAGACAACGACCUCCUCUGCUCUAGCAGACGCCACACAGUUUCGCCACAUCAACAUCGGAGAUCUCGUCAAAGAAAAGAAUCUCCACGACGGUUGGGAUGACGACCUCGAUUGUUACGUCAUCAAUGAAGACUUGGUGUGUGAUGAAUUAGAGGAUUUGAUGGAAGGAGGAGGUAACAUCGUGGAUUACCAUGGCUGCGAUUUCUUCCCUGAACGAUGGUUCGAUCUUGUGAUUGUGCUUCAAACUGAAAACUCUGUAUUGUACGAUCGCUUGCAUAACAGGGGUUAUUCAGAGACUAAGCUUAAGAAUAAUAUUGAGUGUGAGAUUUUCCAAGUGUUGCUUGAGGAAGCAAAGGAAAGUUACUCAGAGAACAUAGUAAUGGCGUUGAAGAGUGAUACCAUUGAUGAUAUUUCAAGAAAUGUGGCAACUUUGACUGAUUGGAUUAGAGCUUGGUAACCCACCCACCCCUCUAAUUAUUACUAUCAAAUAUUAUAAAACCCUUAUUUUCAUUUGGGUUUUUGAGUGUGUGAUUGAUUGUAUGAAAUUAUUGAUCUCUGUUUUGGAGGCUUUUCUAUCAGUAGUUACUGCUCUUAUUUUGGCUUCAGAGUUCAGAUAGAUAUAUUUUUGGUGUGAAAUGAAAUGAAAAUGUUUAUAAAUAAUUAUGUGAUGUUCAUAGAUGUAGGGGCAAUUCAUUCAUUAUAUGGAAUUUGUUAGAGCUUUGAACCUUGCAUUUUAUGACCAAAGCUCUACUGUAAUGGUUUCUUUGAGCUAUUUAGCUCUCUACUGUAAUGGUUUCUUUGAGCUAUUUAGCUGGCUUUUGAAUGGCUUUUUUGGAGUUGGAUUCAGUUGUCUUAAUCUCUCUUCUAUGAAAUCAAUCAAUAUAACUUUUAGUAUAUUUAAGUUUCAGGCUAUUAUUAAGUAAUUUUAAGGCUAUUAUACAUAAGGGCCCCAAUUAUUUUAUACUCGAUUAAAUUAAACUUUUGUUUGAUUAUAAAAGUUAGUCGAUUGUGCCAAAAUUCGAGAAAAUGGGGCAUGGAGCAUUCUUUUAAAUUUGACUAAAGUUCUUAUUUUUAUUCUUUUAUUGCAAACAUUAACCAAGUGAUGAUUCUACUAAAUAAAUAUUCAUGUGAAUGUUAUUUUUAGAAAGAGUCAUCAAUAAAAGAGUUUUAUGGAAUAUUGUAGGUGCAUUUUAUUUAAAUAUUAUUUUUGAUUUUGUAUUUUAAACUUUUUCAUAAUGACUUUUGCAACAAAAACAAUUAUUGUUAGAAAAAUAUAUGGAUAAUGUUUUUAGGAAAUUUUGUUAUAAACUAUUUUUUUGUUGAAAGAAGUAUGACAAGUGACAACUCUACACAAAUUCUCUUUUCACUUGCAAGAACAACUCUACACCAUCUUUCUCAUUUCACUUUGCAAGAACAUCUUUUUGCUACAACAACACUAAGGUGGCGUUCGAGAAUAGGAAUGGAAAAGAAUAAAAUUUAAAAUGCAUAAAAAAAAAUUAAUAAAAAAAUCAUUAAAUUUUUUCUCUUGUAACAUUAGAAUGAUCUUUCAUUCUUUUUUAAAAUAGAAUAGUCAUUCCACUAAAAUGGUAGAAAGAGCAUUCUAUUGGAAUGCCAUUCCAAUACUUUAUAAUGGAACCAAACAAAGGAAUAGAAUAAAAAUUAUUUCCUUUCCUUUCCAUUCCAUUUCAUUACCUCCAACCAAACGCCACUUAAAUUAUGCAGAUUCUAUAAUGAACACGAACACAACUGUAAAUCCCAAGUGAACAGCCAAGAAGAUAGGUGCUUGAGGUCAACACUGAUCUGAACAAUGGCGACUGCUGCUCGCCCUACAAUUUCGAUAAUUGCUCGGUUAACAGUAGAUGCUUUUUUAACUCUUUAUCCUUGUGCAUAAAAUGAGGUUGAUCCUCACUUUUUUGAAAAUAAAAUACUGCCCUAAAGCCUAUGUCAUUCUAAUUUAUGCUUAUCCAAGUUUAUUGCUAUGCUUUAUUAUUGAAUGGGACGUGGGAACUAGAGAAAAUAACAAUUGAGUAAGUAGACACACCUUUAGACAAGGCCGCCACAGCCAAGUUGAGAAGUAGCUAUUGUGUUUAAGAAUCUUAUCUAUUCUCUUACAUCAAACAAAAAUAAUAUUCCCUUGUAUUGUAAUUAAGCUUCCCAUUCAAUUUUAAACACUAAAAUGACUUAAUCAUGUGUUACUUGGAAAUAACAUAGAUAUUUAUAUAUUGGGUAAUCAUCACAUAAUACAAUUGUUAGCUCUAAUUUUCAAAUUGUUGAGGCCAAGUUGGCUAUUUAGUGAGAAGUUUUAAAUAGAUGUAUAUAUUUUUCAAAUAAACCGGCAAUAAGUCAAUUUUGUUUUGAGUCAAUAAUGAUGAAUAGCACCACAUAUCAAGUGGUAGUGUUACUUUUUGUGGGUAUCCUUAUUGUUAGACCCCAUUUAAUUGAAUGUCUCUUUUGUCUUAACCAUUCAUUCCCCCAUACAAUUGGAUAACUCUCCUACAUUUUAUAUUUUCAUAUAUAUACUCAUAAGAUAUUAGCUUCUCAAGUAUCCAAAGCUUCCUUUUCCAAAAAAAAAAAAAUAGAAAAACUUUUCCUUUUUGUCAAUUUCCUAUUGAGAUUUUUUUACAAGAUGAUGAAUUUCCAUUUCCACAUCAUAGUUCAUGCUAAACAAUUCAUUCAAAAGCCUUUUUCUAACACAAAAGAUGUCCCAAAAGGCUAUUUGGCUGUUUAUGUUGGUGAUGAGAACAAAAUGAAGAGAUUUGUUAUCCCUUUAUCCUUCUUAAACAGACCAUCUUUCCAAAAGUUGUUAAGUCAAGCCGAAGAAGAAUUUGGAUUCGAUCAUCCGAUGGGAGCUCUUACAAUUCCCUGCAAAGAAGAUGCCUUCGUCGAUCUUAUGUCUCGUUCGAAAGCCUAAUGAAAUACAAUUUUGCAAUUUUUGUAAGGAAGAUCAUGCCAAGAUCACAUGUACAUAUUUUUCUUUUAGUCCAACAUGAAUAUUUGUAUAUGGAUAAGGUGUAAUACUUGUAGUGUACAAUGUUUUGUUCAGUAAAUCAUUUUGAUUGGAUUUUGGAUUAA